UGCACCUUCGCCUUCGUGCCCCCUGCCAUGGCAACCACAGCGCAGCAGACCAUGGAGAGCGUUGAGAGCCGUCGCUCGCAGCUCGAGGAGACCGUGGCCAAGCUCCGCAAGGCAUUGGACCACUGGUCAACCUGGGAGAUGGAGUACCAGAUCCUCAAAGAAGAGCUGCAGGCUGCAGGCUCGCCUUCCCCGUCGAAGAUGGCCCAGAUAGGCCGCGAUAUGCAAGGUCAACUCGUCAAUGAGAAAGAAGUCGAGGAGCUGCUCGGCAAAAAUUUACCAUCGAAACGCACUGCUAACCAGAUCAUUGACAUGAUAUCCAGACGGCUUGACUAUGUCGGGCAGAAUCGCGACAGCGUCGAGAAGCAGUUCGACAAGGCGCAGAAACAGCUCGAAGCUCUUGAGAUGUUGACGGAUCAGGGGCUGGAGACCGAGGAGGGGUUGCCAAUGAUGGACAUCGAGGAACGGCUAGAUGACGAUGAUAAUGUUCUCUCAAGUUCGGUCACUCAGCCUGGAAAGGUUGCUCCUCAGCUCGUAGAGGCAUUACGGAAAGCUGGAGUGCACAAGUCCGAGCAAAAGAAAUCGGAGACCGAACAGGAUAUGUCCGACGAUGAGCUGUCUACACCUUCUGCAUCGGCACCUUCAAAUUCUGCAACCCCGCCCGCUCCACCUUCAGCAACGGUUUCUGGAAAUCCGUCAACGCUCUCCACCAUAUCUAAGGGCAAGUCAAACGCCUCCGAAACCCAGAAGAAAUCAGUGUCGUUUGCAAACGAUGUUCAGGUUGAGACUUUUGAGAAGCCGAGGACUCUGAAAGAUGACGUGCGGAAUUGGAAUCUUCCGCCUGGGGCCAAAGUUUACGAGAUUGACGCUGAAAAUGAAGAUAUUCUCGAGAAAGCCGUUGUUCCUGACACCGACACUCCGGAAGAAGCUGCUUUAAGGCAAGAGAUGCUUCAGUACGGACUGUCUGAAGUCAACGAUGUUGUUGCCGAGCUCAAUCUAGAGACCGAUGAUGAAGACAUGGACGACGACCAUGAUGAGGACUACGAUGCGUACGACAGCGAACUCAGUGAAGAGGAAGACAAGUUCGGCCGCAGUACCCGUCGUGUUCUGUCAGAUGAUUACAUAAAAGAGAUGCGCGAGCUGGAGAAGAAGCUCAAUGCUCGCAUGCUGGAGAAUGUCGGACCCAACUCGGAAUUGCUGGAGAAAGCUGUCGAUGCUCGCACGCUCCGUGUUCGCAACGACGAUGAGUUCGAACAAACGAUGACAACUGCAAUUCCAUCCGGCACUAGCAUGUCCAGCAAGGGCGUGCGAUUCGAUGGCGAUGAGGACAUGGAAGAUGCACCGCAACCUGCUGCUCAGCCUUCUGUGCCCAUCAAGCUGCCACCUACAAUAUCCGAUACGAUCGUAGAGCGUGCGCCUUCGGUCCCUCAACCACCUUCAAGUUCUGCCAAGUCGGCCAGAGUGUCGCGCUUCAAGAGCGCUCGCGCGCCUACCAACGAUCCGCCUACAUUCCUUCCAAAUCCUGCAGUACCAGAGCCGCCUCCUAUACCUACAGGUCCCAAAGGGAGCAUCCUCGCGGGCACCGUCGCUGAACACACUCCGCAUCCAUCCGAACCACAAGUGCCCGACGAGCUCGAUCCUGUCAUACACAACCGUGAAAUCACAGCCGAGUACCACAAGCUCCGCAACAAGAUGAUUCAGCAACAAGGUGGUUUCAAACCCUCUGAGGAAGAUGAGCUCGAUCCGUUGGUGGAGGAACGCAACGGCAAGACAAAAAAAGUAAGUCGCUUCAAAGCUGCGAAGCUGAAGGCAGAGGGUUUGUAGACUUUCAUGUUACCUGCGAGCAAUCAUUGCUCGACCCUUAUCUUGUGCUCCCCCUCACUUUCCUUGUGAGUGAUGUGGGUCAGCUGCCCCCUAUGGUGGUCGCGGCGCUCGAAUGUGCUUCUAUGCACGGAACCCAUGCCCGUGAGAGAUGCCUAGCCAUGCGUCUGACUCACAUUUUAUGGUGUCCAAGAUUGAAUCCAGAGGGCUCUCUGACGGGACUUGCUAGCUUGGCAGCUCAUGCAAGUCUCGAUUGUUUUUACGCCCUGUACAUUAAAAAAUCAUCGAAAAGGUGUUGGAGUUGAUGCGCUUCGGUCAGCAACCAUACCAUCGGAGCGGUUCAUGAUGACC